CCGAGAUCACUAUUAUUAUCCCCUAUUCAUUUCCCUCACUGUCUUAACCCUAAUGUUUUCUCCUUUCUUUCACUGCAUCUUCUGAUACAACUCCCAGUCUUGUAUAUCUUUCUUUACCCUUACCCAUCCCUCUGUCCACCAGUUUUCCUCACUUCUCAGCUUUUAAAUACUUUCUUUACCUCCUCCCAUUUCCCAAUACUUGAUAAAAAUUAAAGGGUAAACACUUUCUUUUUCUAAGGCUGCAGAGUAUAUAUAAGGGUGUAGUUUUAUUAGUAUGGAUAUUGAUAUGUUGAAGUCUGCUCCUGAGGACCAGAUAGAUAUGUUGAUGAUGAUGCAGAUGGACAAACUUUCCGAAUUCUGUGGAGGUUCUUACAAUGAGGUGGUCUCCGGGAUGGCUCCUAUGGAGUUUCCUCAAGGAAACAAUAUUAGCAGUGGGAACAAAAUAAGUGGCCUGCCGCAAUAUAUAGAAAAUUCACCUACAUUUAUGAACCUGCCUUCGAAUAAUAUAUCUUUCACAGGCUCUCCGGUUCAAGAGCCUAAUGAGCAUCCGUUCUUGUCGAACUCGAUGGGGAGGUGGAGGAAUGGAGGGGAGGUUCCCAGCCAGGCACAGAAGCGGAACUCGAUGGCUGCAAUGAGGGAGAUGAUCUUCAGGAUAGCCGCGAUGCAGCCGAUUCACAUUGACCCGGAAUCAGUGAAGCCGCCCAAGAGGAGGAACGUGAAGAUAUCGAAAGACCCUCAGAGCGUGGCUGCAAGGCACCGGAGAGAAAGGAUUAGCGAGCGGAUUAGGAUACUGCAGAGACUUGUUCCGGGAGGGACUAAAAUGGACACGGCCUCAAUGCUGGAUGAGGCCAUUCACUAUGUCAAGUUCUUGAAGAAUCAGGUUCAGACGCUCGAAAGAGUCGCCGUGAAUAGGCCAGCUGCUCCGGGACUAGGGUUCCCUGUGCCGAUGUCGAGUGGGAGUUUCAUUCCUAUGCAGCAGGCAACAAAAGGGUUCCAAUCAUCAGUAGCAGCACAAAAUGUUCAGCACUUUUUAGAUGCUUAGUAAUUAGACAAAAUAAAGAGAGGGCCACUUGAUAUAAGUAUAAAUGCAUGUCUCUACUCAAGCUAGCUUGUGGGCCGAGUUCUAGGACAAAGAGGCUGCCCAGCCUGCAGAGAGCGCCUCUGCAUCACCAUUCACCAACCUGUUAAUUAUUAUUAGUCUUUUAACUCUGCAAAAUUUUCAAGUUAAUUUGUGUUUUUGUUCAAGUUGUAUUUCUGUAAAAUAACUACAAGUACUAAAUACAGAGCCUUA